UGAACAGUGCUGUUUGAUAAGUCACUUAUCUUUGAAGAAAAAAGACAGAGAUGGAACUGGGACUUGUUUUCCUGCUGGUUGUCACAUCUGUGUCUGGGUGUGGCGUGCCCAGUUACUGGCCCAACACAAGUCGAGUAGUAAAUGGAGAAGAGGCUCGUUUGUACAGCUGGCCGUGGCAGGUUUCGUUGGAGUCUUUUUACCCCACUUGUGGAGGAACACUUAUUGCCCCAGACUGGGUCUUGACAGCCGCACACUGCAUUACAUUCCAUACAUACAGAGUGGUUCUUGCUGAGCAUGAUAUGGACAAGGAAGAGGGACCCGAACAGUCCAUCAUGGUGGCAAAAAUGUUCAUUCAUCCCAAAUGGAAUGAUAACUGUGUGUCUUGUGGGAAUGACAUUGCCCUGCUCAAACUGGAGAAAAGUGCUGACCUCAAUGACAAAGUUAAGCCUGCCUGCCUGCCAGAGCACAGCUCCACUCUGACACACAACCAGCCCUGUUACAUCACAGGCUGGGGUCGACUUUACUCCGGUGGACCCAGGGCAACUCGACUCCAGCAGGUGCUGCUUCCUGUGGUGGAUCACAGCGUCUGCAGUCAAAGCGACUGGUGGGGUAGCUCAGCAAAGACGACAAUGGUUUGUGCAGGAGGAGACAGCAAAUCGGCAUGCCAUGGCGACUCUGGGGGCCCUCUAAACUGUAAGGGUCAUGACAACAGAUGGUAUGUGGAAGGAGUGACGAGCUUUGUUGACGGUCGUGGAUGCAAUAUCCCUAAAAAGCCCACCGUCUUCACGCGGGUGGCUUCUUUUGUCCCAUGGAUCAGCGAGACGAUGGCCCAAAACUGAGGAAACCUUCAACAGUGGUGCAAUACAGAACAAUAAACAGUUUGAUUGA